GCACAUAAAGAAUACCACAAAAUUCGCAAAACCACCUUCUUCCUCGUCUUCAACAAUAAACCAUUGUUUCCUUCGUAGUUGGUCCCUUUUUCUUCAAAGCAAAUCCACUCUCAAAUAUUCUUACCUGUCUCUCUCGUUGUUGCUGGGAAGAACCCAUUUCCCUUUCUUCCAGAAGAUGAGUCUGUGAAGCCCCACUCCUAAGAAAUCUCUCACAACUACUUUCUCUUGUGACGUCUUAACCAUCACCACCCUCACCUUCUUCCGCUGACCAUUAUUGACUUUCUUUUUCCUUAUAAUCUUAGUUCUUUCCAUUUGCAGUUGCAGCCAUCACUGAGGUUCCUUGGAUCAAAGUGUUUCUGGGGUUCGCCAAAAAAUGAUUUUUCUUAAGUGGGGUUUCGUCGCCCUUCUUUGUGCUGCUUUUGUUUCUUCAAUUGGUGCGGUGGAACUCGGUCGACAUCAACCUACUGAGAGAAUUUCAGGUACUUAAAUGUUAUGAAGGCAUUAAAAAUCAACUCACCAUAAUGGUAUACAAAUUGUGGAAAGUAUCAUAUGUUGGAUUAAGAUUCACUGAGGAAGCAGCUGGAAUGGGAGUGAUGGUAAAAGAGGAGUUUUUAUAUGAAACUCUAAUAAUACAUAAACACAAACAAAGUCUUAUACUCCAUUAGUUGUUGCUUGGAAGUGAAAGGGAAGUGCCGGUGAUGUGUUGGAAGAUGAUCCGGUGGGAAGGUUGAAGGUUUUUGUUUAUGAACUUCCAAGCAAGUAUAAUAAAAAAAUUCUGCAGAAGGACCCCAGAUGCCUCACUCAUAUGUUUGCUGCUGAGAUCUUUAUGCACCGGUUUCUCUUAUCUAGCCCUGUUCGAACCCUUAAUCCUGAAGAAGCUGAUUGGUUUUAUACCCCUGUAUACACCACCUGUGACUUGACACCAAAUGGCCUCCCUUUACCUUUCAAGUCACCACGAAUGAUGAGAAGUGCCAUACAGCUUAUUUCUUCAAACUGGCCUUAUUGGAACAGGACAGAAGGGGCAGAUCAUUUCUUUGUCACCCCUCAUGAUUUUGGGGCCUGCUUCCAUUAUCAAGAAGAGAAAGCAAUUGAAAGAGGAAUUCUUCAUUUGCUACAGCGUGCUACCCUGGUUCAAACAUUUGGACAAAGGAAUCAUGUGUGCUUGAAAGAUGGCUCAAUCACCAUUCCUCCAUAUGCUCCACCACAGAAAAUGCAUGCACAUCUAAUUCCUGAAAAUACUCCCAGAUCCAUUUUUGUUUACUUCCGAGGACUGUUUUAUGAUGUUGGAAAUGACCCUGAAGGUGGCUACUAUGCAAGAGGUGCAAGAGCAGCAGUAUGGGAGAAUUUCAAGGACAAUCCACUGUUUGACAUUUCCACAGAACAUCCAACCACAUACUACGAGGACAUGCAAAGAGCCGUGUUCUGUUUGUGUCCACUUGGGUGGGCACCAUGGAGCCCAAGACUAGUUGAAGCUGUGAUAUUUGGUUGCAUCCCAGUAAUCAUUGCAGAUGAUAUUGUUCUUCCAUUUGCUGAUGCAAUCCCAUGGGAAGAGAUAGGUGUGUUUGUUGAUGAGAAGGAUGUACCUCAGUUAGACACUAUACUCACAUCUAUCCCACCAGAAGUUAUCUUAAGGAAGCAGAGAUUGCUUGCCAACCCUUCCAUGAAGCAAGCUAUGUUGUUCCCACAACCUGCACAACCAGGAGAUGCUUUCCAUCAAGUUUUAAACGGUCUUGCACGCAAGUUGCCGCACGAUAAGAGCAUUUUCUUGAAACCUGGGCAGAAGGUCUUGAAUUGGACUGCUGGCCCUGUGGGUGACCUUAAACCUUGGUAACAUUUGCACCAGUUUUCUGAGGCAAUUAGGAUUCUUUACAUAUCUUUCUCUAUACUCCCAAGUGUUCAUAGAUGGGGUUGGUAAUGGAGAUGCUGUUGGGUUUUGUUGACAUUGUAAAUUUUGAUAUAUCUUUUUUUUUCAGACCAUUCAUUAGAUCAUUUAAUAUCCAUUUUUCAGCUUUAUUGCUCAUAUGAUAUACACUUUUUUUUCCUCCCCUCUUCUUUAGAAGUCCCUGUCGAUGUUUACUGCAUAUUAUAGUUAGUAACCUUGCUCCCACACAAUGGAAAUCAAGAUCAUGAAUCAUGAUGUCAUUAAUACAUCAUGAAAAACGUUUAAC